UAUUUUUAAAUGGAAAAUUUUGAAGUCAGCCAUAUGAGAACAAUAAUUAUAUUCGAACGACAGUAAUUUAUGGAACAUUUUACACCAAAAUCGAAAAUUGUGAACUUGUCAUUAAAUUCUACAAACACCUUAUAAGAUGUACGUUGUUUUGCGCUCCCCCCACAUAAGAAACACUCGUUCUAAAUUGAUGAAAUGUUGUCGAAAUAUCUCCAUAGGCAAUCCUGCUGUAUGUAGUUUGAAUUGUCACUUUGCAAAUAUAGGAUUUAUUGAGCCAAGAAGGUUAUAUUCUUUGACAACAAAUCCUAGUUUAUUGAAUUUUAACAACAGAAAAUCCCAUACGGAUAAUUACGAGUUGAUUAGUUCUAGGUAUAUAUCACUGUCAGCUGCACAUUUAGAAAAAGAGCCCCUCAAACCCUCUUCGAAAGUUGAAGUGACAGUUCAAGAGUUGAAAAAACAAAAAGAGGAAAUUACCAAGGUACAGCAAGACACACAAGUAGCAAAAGCGCCAGUUAAAAAAUCAUUAAAACAGAAAGUUGUCGACGAAAUUGUACAUUAUUACCAUGGAUUUCGACUGCUCUUCAUAGACGUAAAAAUAUCAGCGGGACUGGUAUGGCGAAUUUUGCAAGGCAAAACCUUAACCAGAAGGGAAUACCGUCUUCUUACGAGAACCGUAGGAGAUUUGUUUCGUUUAGUACCAUUUUCUGUGUUUAUCAUUGUUCCAUUCAUGGAAUUACUACUGCCAGUGUUUAUUAAGCUGUUUCCUGGUAUGUUGCCAAGUACGUUUCAAACAACUUCAGAAAGAGAAGACAAAAUUAAGCAGAGUUUAAAAGUGAAAUUGGAAAUGGCCAAGUUUUUACAGGGUACCCUAGACGACAUGUCGGUGCAGCACAAGGACCGUUAUUCCGAAAGGGCUAAAGAAUUUGUGGAAUGGUUCAAUAAAAUCAGGACCUCAGGCGAACAAGUCUCGAACGAAGACAUCAUGAAGUUCUCGAAGCUGUUCGAAGAUGAAAUCACGUUGGAUUCGUUAUCCAGAAGUCAAUUGAUCGCGCUGUGUAGGGUAUUGGACGUCCAUACUUUGGGCACUAACAAUUUCUUAAGAUUUCAACUGAGGAUGAAACUGAGACAGUUAGCCGCAGACGACAAGAUGAUCCAAAAAGAGGGCGUCCAUUCCCUCACCCUAGGCGAGGUGCAACAAGCUUGCCGCGCCAGAGGCAUGAGAGCUUACGGCGUGUCCGAGGAACGGUUAAGAUCCCAGUUAAACCAGUGGCUCGACCUGAGUCUAAACGAAAAGGUACCCCCCUCGCUGCUGCUCCUGUCCAGAGCUCUCUUGCUGCCGGAAACCAUUCCCACCACGGAUAAACUCAAGGCGACGAUAUCGAGUCUACCGGAAACGAUUGUCAAACAGACCCAGGCGGCUAUCGGAGAGAAAGAGGGUAAAAUCGACAACAAGAUUAGGGCGGAGAUACUUAAGGAGGAGGAGAAGAAGAUCAAGGAAGAGAGAAAGGAACACAAAGAAGAGAAACGAAAAUUGGAAGAAAAAGACAAAGAAUUGUUGGUGGACAAAGCUCCUACCAUUUCCGCUAGUACGACUCCUAUAUUGGAAGAUACCGCUCUUAGGAUAUCUACUGAGAAAUUAGAAAAGAAGGAAAAACUGAAAGAGAAGGAAGAAACCAUCCACACCAAAGACAUCCAGAUCAUCGAGCACGCCAUCGACACCGUUUCCAAAGAGAAGAAACUUAUCGUCGAGAAGGAAGAAAUCCAAGAGCUCAAAGCGGAAAUGGCCGACUACGAGGAAGACGUGGAGGACUUGGGUAAAGCCUUGGCUGACACUCCCAAACCGGACAUCCAAGAAACAAAGGCUGCCAAGAGACUGUACAAGAGCGUGAACAGGAUGAUCGGCAAAAUGGACAAGGUUUUGGUCGAGUUGGAGAAGAAGGAGGCUCAAUUGAAGAAAGAUCUGGAGGAAGAAGCUAGUGAUAAGAAGAAGGAGGAAUUGUUGAAGAUCGACGAUAUCAUAGCGGCUAUCAAUAAGAUUAAGGAUGUUCCUGAUCAGAGCCGUUUGGAGAAGAUAGUGAAGGUGCUGAGGAAGAUGGACGACGAUCAUGAUGGGUCGUUAAAGAUUGACGAUGUUUUGAAGGUCAUUGAGAUUAUUGGUAAAGAAAACGUGAAACUGAGCAGUAAGCAAGUGGAUGAAUUGAUAGAACUCAUCGACAAGGAGGAGAUCUUGGAAGUGGAGGACAAAAUCGAGAAGGCUCUGGCGAAGAACUUGGAAGCGAAAUUGAUAGAGAAUUUGAAGGAGAAAACGGCUGUUCAGGAAAAGCAGCAGGACGUAGAGGAUAGCGGAGAUAAAAAGGAAGAGUUAAGCAAAAACGAAGACAGCAAACAGAAGACGGCCAGCCUCCAAAGCCCGGUACCACCUUCCAGCCCCAAAUUGGACAGUCAGCAGCCAGUCAUACCGCCGCCCAGUAUUGAAAAGAAACCUGAAAAUAGUUCCAAAAUGCUUUAAUAAUGUUUGUUAACAAUUAAGUUGAUAUAGACAGAGAGCGAAAAUUCAAUCUCCAACGUACAUACAAUACUCCUUUCGUAAUUUUAUUUGUUUAAAACUAUAUAGCUAGCCUUCAAGGCACAUCAUCAUUUAUACAGGCAUCCCUGUCUUCAAUUAUUAAUCUGAUUAAACUUUGACUUAUACUACCCACGUUACACUUUCAUUGAAAUAUAAUGCACGCAGGUUGAAUGGUCUCUCUCGCUUUAUUUUUUUUUGGUAUACUAAUCUUGUCUUUGACAGAUAAUAUUAUUUUUCUACACAUUCUGUUAAAGCUAUUGUUGUUGUAAAUAUUAUUUUUUAUAGCUACAUGGAAACUGGUAAGAAAUAAAGCUGUGAAGGCACAUGUUGUAAAGAUGUUAUUAUAUGCGUUUAUAGAUGCUUUUUUCUCUAGAACUUUCUACAGGGUGUGCUAAAACGUUCGCAAAAAAAUGGAAAAAAUAUUGCAAGAAUGUUUAUACGGAAUUUCUUUAAAAUAUCCAAUUACAAUCGUUUUGACAUUACAAUGUCAUGUCAACUGUAAAUGGCCGCAAAUUUCAAAAAUCUUCUAUACUUAUGCUAAAAGUGGGGUUAGGUGACAAAAUAUCGAAAAAUGUCAGAGAGGAGGGUUUGAUUUUAGGUCUAGGGUACUUAAGGGUGCUAAGUUUCAUAACUAUACAGAAUACAAAAAAAAUAAUAAAAGUAGUAUUAUAUUUCGUAGGAUUAACAAUAACAGUAUAGAAAAAAAAUAUUUGAUUUUAUUCUGGUUGAAUUUACUUUUUUUCAAAAUGGGUUUUUUUGUGCAAGUUUACAAUUUUUUUAGCAAUAUUUUUUGAAACUCAAAUCAUAUUUUGAACAAUUUUUCUCUGUGGAUUUUAUGUGUUGAAAGUAUUUAAAGAGGAUUUUUGUAAUUUGCCUCUAUGAAAGUUGUUUUCCGCAUGACAUACAUAUGUCAAAAUUAUUUUUUGUUAUUGAAUAUGCGGAAGAAAUUCAUCAGAAAUUUUUUAAAAACCCAAUAAUAAAAAAAUUCCCCAUUUUUUGCUAACUUUUUGGCACUCCUCGUAUAAUUAAAAAAAAGGCGUCACAGUGUUCAUUAAAAUAACAAUCGAUGAUCAUUUCUGUUGGGUUGGCUCCUUUAAGUAUUUUUUUAAAUACAUUCAUAUCACAUUUUGUCUAAAAUUAAUAUUUAAUUUAAAAAUGAAGAAAAUAGUUUUCAGACAUAUCUAUUUGGGAAAAACUCUUUUUUUCAAUGUAAGUAUUAAUUUUUGACAAGUUUUUUACGUCAAAUUUCCUGUAUAUGACUCAUAUGGAUCGCCACGAUGAAAUUACCAUAUAUUGUCGUUUUGCAGAUCACUGUGACGUCGUUUUUUUUUCAACGGCAGAGAACUUUUUCUUUUUGAUACUAUAGCGAAUGAAAUAAUUAUAACGGGUGCUUAAAGGUUUUAAUAUACUAUAUUUUGCAUGAUUGACUGUAUAUUUGUGAUUGUAUAAUACAGAAGAAAAUACUACGAAAUUUUAUAACAAAAACUAAUUAUUACUGAAUGUAUCAUUAAGAUGGUAUAUAAAUUUUUGAACGUGUAUAUUAGACAUUGGCGUAGGUGUGUCGAUUUAUGAAAGUUGUCAUUGUUUGAAGCCAGCCAGUGCUGUGUAUAUUGUUUUUUUUUUCUAAAUAAAUGGAUAUU